UCUCUGGGACACUGUUUUGGUAAUCCAUCUGAUGUUAACACUGAUCCAGCCCCUCCUCAGGAGCCAAACAGCUCCAGACGAAGCAGAAAUAACCACGGACUUUCAGCUGCAGAUCCAGUUAUUUCUCAGCCUGAAGUCCUACCAGGCACUCCACAGGAUCAGCAGCACAAGCAGACUCAGAGGACUGUCAGCUGUAUCUCCACCCACUCCACCAGAACCAGAAAAGUUAAUGGUACCAGUUCAAACUCUGUCUGCCACCCGCAGGACCAAGAUGAUGAUCCAUGCUUUGAGUCACCUCCACCCUGCCGUAGCAUCUCCCAGAGCUCAGAAGACGAGGCACUGGAAGCAGAGUGUAGUCCAGAGCUGGAGUUGAAAUGUCCUCAAAUACCCAGACCCUCCAUUAUUAUCAGACAACCCAAGGAAUCAGAAUUCCAGGAAACGGCGUCUGACAGGUCGGACUGUAGAGAGACAGAGGAUGGAGGGUUAUCAGGGAGGAGUGUCAUGGCGGAGCCAGACUAUCUGGAGGGAGACUGUGAUGAGCUCAUCAAACCUAAGAAGCUGAUCAACCCAGUCAAGAAUUCCCGUAACCACCAGGACCUGCACCGAGAGCUGCUCAUGAACCAGAAGAGGGGUCUGGCUCCUCAGAACAAACCUGAGCUGCAAAAGGUUCUGGAGAAAAGAAAGAGGGAGCAACUUCUUAAAGCUCACAAGGAGGAACAGGAGGCCCACAAGAAGAGGAGCGACCUCGAGAUAGAGCUCAUGAAAAGACAACAGAAACUAGAGCAGCUGGAGCAGGAGCAACAGAAAAUUGAGGAGGAACAGGAGAACACCCCAGAGUUUGUGAAGAUGAAAAGCAACCUGCGCAGGACCAAGCAGGAGACCGAUGGGGAGGAACGAACCACCUAAAAACCAGCACGGGUGUCUGGGUCUGGCUGAUUGUGCGUGUGUUUGUGAGCACGGAGGCGUCAGGAGUGUGUGUACAAAAGAGAGAGAGUGUUGUCUGUGGUGCACGGUGUUAACUUGACCGUGGUCCGAGACGAACUUCCUGGCUUUCCCAACCUAGCUGUUCCUUCCUGAAGUGAGGAGAGAGACUUUACAGACUAAAGGCCCCCCCUCUGUCUGACUGCCACGGACUGCCAGUACUCACCUCUGCUCCUCACGCACACCUAGCAGCACACAGCACCCCCCGCAGAAGGGACCUAACACAGACAUGUUACAUGUUACACGCCUUUCAAAGAGGGCAGUCGAGCUUCGAAUGAGCUCUGAUGGAGAAACAAAACAACCAAACACACACAGGAGUUUUCUUCCCCUCUGUUUCAGUCCUUUCUCCACAUCAAGCUGUCGUUUCUCUUUACUGUUAUCAGUGUUGUUAUUGUUGUCGUUUUUUUUUUUUAUUGUUCUCAUCUUCAGAAUCAAAUAAGGAAAAGUGGACACUGGAUGGACUCUUGAAGCUGUGUAAUGUAAAAGCCAAACAAAUGUGCUUUUGUUAUUUAUGUUUCUAGCUUUUAGCCCAGGUAUAGGGGAGGACACUUUUAGUCGUUCUGUAUUUUAGUUUGUUUUACGGUAUAGUUUAUGAAGCCAGAACAGGACAAAGGGAGUGUAUGCUUGUGUGAAACAUUCAAGUUUGCUUUGUUGUUUUUUUUUUUUAUUUUAUUUUAUUUUAAACAUGCCAUUUCCUCAGCUAAUGCAAUUUUGAGCAAUAGUAGAACUCCCAGGCAUGAGAGUGACAUUUUCUUUAUAUACUCUGUUGUUUUGUAUGAAUAAAAGUGUUACUUAAUAAAUAAUUUAAGUUUUUUUUUUUAGGUUGAUCAAUAAGAAUAAGCCUUGAGCCCUGUCUGAUCAGUCCUUGUGUGCUUUUACCAACAAAUAAUUUCAUAGAAGUCCUAAGUAUAAUUGCAAGUGUGAACUUGUAGGCCGCCUGUCAUCUUGGGAUAUCUGCAUGGCUCCUGAAACAGCUCUGAAAAGCAUCCAAGAACUUUAUCACUUCAGUAUUUUGUCUUUAUUUACAUUGGAGCCAUAGAUGUGAAGACAGGUCAUUUAAGUCAAUAAAUCUGAACUGAAGUGGGUGUUAACUGCAAAACUAUUUAACUAGUAUGUGUAGCCAGCACCACACACAAAUUCCAAAAUGGCUACACAAUGUCAGAAACUGUGAUUACUUUGGAUGUUAAAGUGCAUGUUUAGUGGUUAUUGAAAAAUCACACAAAAUAAUAUUAUGGGUCCAAAAUUCUGGUUUGUGGGUCUCUGAGAGACGAUAGCUGUUAUUAUCAUGGGAAGAAGCAGAUUUACAACAAUAUAACCCUGUGUUCCUCGCUCCUCAGAAUUUUCUUUUAAAUAAACAUAAUUUUAACAUG